GCUUCGCUCACUCACAUCUCUUUCUGCUUCCUGUGCGCACACACACACCGGCCGGCCGGCCCCUUUCGCCAUCUCUAACUUUUCCCCCUUUCUUUCUCGAUCUUGCCUUUCCUUCCGCUUUUAAGCCUUGAUCGAUGUACACACCACACACCAGUGGGAAUGGACACACACUACUCAUCUAGCUCUUGAUCUGAAGAUCUGUUCAUUUCCAGAGUAGUAGUUUCCACAUGUGAGAUCAGGAACCGGUCGAGAGCAAGCGAGGAAGAAGAUCAAGAAGUAGUAGCAGUGGCAGUAUAGCGCUAGAACUAGCUAGAUCUCGUCUCUAGCUACGAAGCUUGUACAAGCAGUGCCCAGAUGUUACCUUACCCUAACCUUCACCAUUUCGGCGUCUCCCAAGAACCCCCACACCCAAACCCUACCGGCUUCCCCAUCAUGCUUCCGCCGGCCGCGCAUCUGGAUCAGCACUACGCCGACCACUUCUUCCCCAGCCAUGCCCACCAGUUCAACUCCGAGACGCUGGAGGCGGUGCUGAGGCCGCCGCGCGCCGCUCCAGGGUGCGAGGCCGCCGUGACGGCGCCGCAGGGCGGUGGAAGGAACGGCGCGGCCGCCGCCGCCGCUGGCGGCGGCGGCCAAGGCCACGCCAGGGCGCGGAAACGGCCGUUCCGGACGGACAGGCACAGCAAGAUCCGGACGGCGCAGGGCGUGCGCGACCGCCGGAUGCGGCUGUCCCUCGACGUCGCGCGCGACUUCUUCGCGCUGCAGGACCGGCUCGGCUUCGACAAGGCCAGCAAGACGGUGGACUGGCUGCUCACGCAGUCCAAGCCGGCCAUCGACCGGCUCACCGAGCCCUCUCAGCGAACCGGCGGCGGUGGCGGCGUUGACGCUGCCUGCUUGUCAUCCCCGACGUCAGGGGCGCCUGACGGAUCAGGUAAGAGGGGAGGGGUUGCGGAGAAGGCGGGGGCCAGAAAUGGCGGAUCGGCGUUCAUGGAGCACGGCUGCGAGCUGGACCGCCUCGUGUCCGCCGCGCCGGUGCUCGGGGAGUACUACUACGCCGGCCUCAGCGAGAUGAUGAGCAACAACGGAGGAGAAGAAGGCGACGACGAUGGUGAGUACGAGGAAGACGGCGAUGAUUUCCUGGACGGUAUGCAAUAUUAGCAGCAGCUUGCAUGGUUUUCUACGUACUGCUGGCAGCUUAUUUAGGUCUCGAUCCGGCAAGCACUUCACUGUUGUUAGUUAGUAAUGCAUAUGUACUCCCUUUUAAGCUAGUACUAAUUGUGCCAGAUGUUUCACUCUUGUGCUUUGAUGUCACUAGCUAUUAAGCUAUAUAUGUGAUCCGGCUUUCAUCCUGGUUUUAAUUGAUUUGGACAUUCU